AUGGAUCGGGACGCCUUCUGGCACCUGCAUGAUCUUGUCAAGGACGACCCCGUAUUCGUCAGUGCCGGAAAGAAGCCUCAACGGCCAUCCUGGCUGCAGCUCGCCGUGUUUCUCUGCCACAUGGGCAACGAGAGCGCUGUUAAGACGGCCUCGUUUGCUUCCGUCUCUGAAGGUGCUGUCUUUCUCUACACUGAACGUGUGUGUACUGCAUUGCGCAAUAUCCGUAAUCAACAUAUCUACUGGCCUGAAGACGACGAGCGCGAGCGAUUCUCGGAUGCCAUGUCCGAGUGGGGAUUCCCCGGUUGUCUUGGAUCAGGAGAUGGGACAUACAUUCGGUUGGAGAAGCGACCCUCACAAAAUGGGUAUGCGUACUGGUGCAGGAAGAAGAUGUAUGCGGUGAGUUAUUUUCCUAGAUAUGUUGACCAUCGUGGCCGCUUCACGUCGUAUGACUUUGGGUGGCCAGGUUCUGUGCAAGAUAGUCGUGUAUUCAAGUCAUCGCACCUAUGGUGCAACAAGGCUCAGUACUUCCGGAGUCAUGAGUACAUACUUGUCGACAAAGGUAUGUUGUGUACGUCUCUUGAUGUUUCUGUAGGCGCUUCAAGCUGA